UGAUCAGUACGUCAGUCUGUGUCACUUAAUAACACAUUAAGCCGCUACCAAAACAAAACAUAACCGGUUUGCACGCUGGUUCAUCCCCAAUUAUUGGCUCUCUUAACAUUCAUAUCUUGAUUGUUGUGUUUUGCCUGGCUUGUGAUUUCAAAUAGUUGUUUCAGAUGAUAUAUGAUGUGUUAAACUGAAGAGCUACAUGCCUUAUCAAAAAAAAAAACCAUUAGUAAUUUGGUUCUGAAGCUUCUUUAGAAUUUUAAAACAACAAAAAAGUUUUAGGACCUAUACUUUUUUGUAAAUCUUAACUAAACAAUUUUUUAGACAAGUGAAAUAAACUUUAUUCUAAAAAAAAUAAGCUUUUAUCACUCAGUUUCUACAUUGUGGAACAUGUGUAUUACUCAUUACAAGUACACAUCAGUAUAUAUGAGGACAAAGUAUUACCCAGCAUGUAUAUAUCAGUAAUUUUAUAAAUUGAGACUAAAGCUAAGCUUAGAAACAAUAAUUAUUUCUGGGUAUUUUUUUUAGUAAAUUAAAAUUGUAAAAAUAAGUUACUUAACACAUAUCGCCUAAUUACUUAAAGAUACAUUACAUAAGUAGAAAACGCUAUAUUUGAGUUAAUGAUGCAGAAAUGCUCCUUUAGUAAUAAACCAUGUCAUCAUCCGAUCUUUUAACCACAUAGAUCGUGAGAAAUGCAAAAGUUUAACAGCUUUGGUCUUCCAACAAACUACACUUGAAAACUUAAAAGGCUUUUUCUUGAGAUAUGCCAUUUUCUAGUAAAUGAGCCAUAUGUAACUUUAUAUGUACCUUUCAAAAUCUUAACAUGUAGCUCCAUCCUACAACUGAAAUGAAAAGGCACAACAACCCAAACAGCAUGCUUCCCACGCGAAACUGUCAAGAGCGCUUAUUCGGCUUCGUAAUUGAUGGGGUCCUUUUGGAAAGCCGGAAGUAAUCUCCUGGAUGGUGGCCUGCACUUCCUCAUUUCUAUGACAGUGGGUUAGUGGUAGUGCAGCACCUUCACCGGUGCAAGCCAGCCAAGAGCCCAUUAUUCCGAGAGCCAGGCCAACCGCAGACCAGAGUGAAAACCAGUUUUGGGGCGCUAAAGAGCGGGUCAGCCCCCGCUUAAGCUCUCUUAGCUGUUUAGUCCGCCGAAUGCUGGCUUCGCUGCCGAAAUUCGGUAUUACGAUUUUGCACAUUCGCCAAAUGGGCUUGGGAGUCUAAAGCGGUCGCUUGGUGUCUAAACAACGUAGUCGCGCUUACCCAACUUAACCCAGUAUCACAUCACCUGUACUCCACCAGAGAUGAGUGAUUGUAAGUGAGUGACACAGACUGCAGUGACUCCAACGGAAAGGUCAGUGGCUCAGUGACCCCUAAGUGAUCCCCGGACGCAAUGCGAUUGAUUUGGCUGCAGCUCCUGGCUGCUGGAGGAGCCCUCUACCUGUCCAUCGGUUGUGCAAUGGCAUCGGCUGCCAAGGCGUCCACAAACCGCGGAGUUGCACAAUACCAGCUCCCGCUCCCAGCUCCACAGCCCGACCACGAAGCUUCGGCGGUUUCAGGAGCGGAUCAAGCCAGGCGGGAGAAGCAGGGGACAUCCAAUCAGCGGAGGGUCGUCCGGCGGCGCAGGCCGUCCUCCUCCACCACAACAACCUCUUCCACCAGUACCACCACCACCUCAACAACAACAACCACAUCAACCACAACGACGACCACAACUCCGCGUCCCAGUUUGGCCAACGGCUUCAACUUCUUCAAUCCGAACUUCUGGAGCUUCGGCCAGCAAAGUCUAGUGGCAGUACGUCCGCCCACUAAGCAAGCUCAUCCGCCCAAGAAGUUCAGUCCCAAGGAGGAUAAGUCUAGCCAACGAAAGCCAUCCAAGACCACCAGGAAACCUGGGGAUCGGAGAACUACUACAACGGGUAAAACACGAAGUAGUACCUCCACAACAACAACCACCCCAAAACCAACUACGGAUGGACCUUUCCGUAUUGCCCUGCCUACCCUGAACUUUGCCAGCGACACUAAGAAUAGGGAAAAUGACAAGGAGAAGGGCAAGAGGGCGGCGGCGGAGCUCCGACUGAGGUUUGAUUGCCCGCGGGAGAACGAGGUGAGGUUCCAGCUCUUCCCCAAGAUUUGCAAGGCCGAUCGGGACUGCGCCGUAUGGCAGCGGGAUGAGCUGUGCUGCGACAUCUUCGGAGCCAGCAGCUGUGUCUCCGGGGUUCCAAAGCCCCUGGAGGAGACUCCACAUGCACCCAUUCUGGGUUUGAUACCUCGCAAGUGUCCCAGUAGACCGCUGGCGGAGCUCUGGUGGGAUGUCCAGGAGUGCACGACGGAUAUGGACUGCUGGCCACGGGUCUGCUGUCCGGAUGGCCGGAGAAGGUACUGCCGCACCUCGCAGCCAGAGCUUGAUACAGCUCCAGUGCCAGUAAGGCGCUCCUUUGACUACCUUACGGAGUACCUGGAGUGCACCGCACCACCUCCGCCCGUUUUCGACCUUCAUCCGAAGGCGUGCACUUCCACUUUGGACUGUUUUCCCAAUGUGUGCUGCCAGGAGGCGGGACUUCGGCACUGCCGGCCGCCCAAGAAGUCCGUGCUCACACUGAUGGCCAACUUCCUGAACGUGGACUUUGUGAAGCGACUGGCCCAGAAUAUCGUUAUCAAGUAGGCCGCGAAUUUCCCACUAUUUUCUACCUUGUGUGUGCUGUGUGCUUCGAGCGCCUUCUAUAGAACCUUUCGAAACUACCGUGAUAUCUCGCCCAUAUUUGUUUGGCCACGCUGAUAACCAAAAAGAAGACAAGCCCACACAUCAAUGUAUACAUACAUGCGUUUCAUAUACCUUUACUGCGCACUUUGUGUACCCCAAUCGAUUCCCCGUAAUCCUCCAUUAAUGUUCACCUAGCCUAGUAUUAGACGUAAGCGCAUUCAUAGGCAAACAAAGUAAAUGCGAACCAUAAACUCUGAUUGAGGGUUUUUCACUUGGAGGUCUCGGGUGUGGUGCCAUCUAAAGUUAAGGCUGUGGGGUCUCUCGUAAUCUUACCCCAUAGGUCAUAUGUGGGUUCUUGUUCUUGACUUACUUCGUUGACACUAUGCUCAUAUUUAAGGUUCUUGCACUUUCAUUUUAAUUGCGCGACCACUUUACGACUUUAUGAAUACGUUUACUUGGGGACUCUCAAGCUAUAAAGAUUUCAGACGAUGUUUAGCACACAAAGCCGACUGAAAAAUAAAACUGCCUACAAUCAUUUUUAUGAAUCAUUUUAAGAAGGCUUAAAAUUAACGAGAAUAUGAAACAUUAUUAGUCAUUAAGUCGAGUGAUAUAUG